AGAUAAGAAAUGAAUGGUCUUGUAACAAAUCAGAUGUGAACAAUAUAUUUUGUCAUGUGAUACCAACAGAUCAAACUGUUACCAGCAUUCAUAUAACAUUAUGAUUGUGGUUAAAUCCAAAAGUUGGAAUACUGAAAUGAAUCUUGUAUUACUGAAAACAAUACAUUAACAUCUUGUUACUGCAGUUUGUUGUAGUGAACAUAUCUUUUGACUGUACUAUGGUGUUCACCAUGCAAGAUCUUCCUAUAGGUAAUUUUUCAUUCACAACUUUCCAGCUGAAUGGUUUCUAUUCUUUGGGAGAAUGGCGGCGCUUUAUGUUCAUCCCAUAUUUUCUAAUGUUUGUAUUGUGUACCACUGCAAACUCAUUUCUGAUAUAUUUAAUCAUAACUCAGAGAGCUCUGCACUCUCCAAUGUUUGUGUUAAUUGGCCUAAUGGCUUCUGUGGAUCUGCUAAUGCCGAUGAUUUUUGUACCAAGCAUGCUGCUCAACUUCUUAUUUGACUGGAAUCAGAUUUCUCUUGUGGGCUGUUUAACGCAGAUAUUUAGCGUUCAGUUUAUUGGUUCCUAUCAGUCCACUUUAUUGCUGUGGAUGUCUUUGGAUCGUUUUUUUGCCAUAUGCAGACCCCUUUCUUAUCACGAAAAUAUGCAAAUGGGCAACUUUUCAAAAUUCGUUCUUGGGCCAAUAAUAAGAAAUGUGCUUGUGAAUCUCAUUUUAAUCUCUAUGGCUGGAAGAUUACAUUUUUGUAAUAAAAAUGAGAUAAAUCAUUGUUUUUGUGAGCACAUGGGACUGGUCCAGCUGGCAUGUGACGAUACAACUCCUAAUAACCUAGCAGGACUUGUGGGUACUUUUCUAAUCCCAACUGCAGAUUUUAUUUUUAUUGCUGUAUUUUAUGUCAUAAUAUUUACCUCUGUUAUGAAAUCAGGGAAGUCCAGCUGGAAGGCUCUUAAUACUUGCAUCACUCAUAUAAUUGUAAUAACAUUUAGUUUGGUGUUUCUCUUGACGUCUUUUUUGUCAUACAGAACUAAAAAUAAUAUUUCUCCCAAUAACCGUGUUUUUAUAAGCACAAUGUACAUAAUGUUUCCGAGCUGUUUCAACCCCAUUAUUUAUGGCGUGAGAACAAAAGAAAUAAGACUGCAGUUUCUAAAGUUAUUUAAGCGUAUGAAACUGUGUUUGACACAGUAAUUUUGUUUUGUUUUGAUAAAUACAUACAAUUAUGUAAGCAUGCAUAAAUAACUACUACAAGUUUCCCAAUGUUAAGACUCUCUGUGGAUGGCAUGUUAUGUGGAUGGCUCUUGAGCUAUAUUACUUUAGAACUUACUCCUACAGAUAUGUGACAUACAUGGCUGUAUAAAAUGAAUCUAAGUAAAGAGUAAUCAAAAAUAAUAUGUUUUUCAUGAGGUGUCAUGUUGGUAUUUAUGUCAGUGUUAAUGUGUCCAAUUUUUACACUGUAUAGAGGAGUGGUGUUCAAUUUUAUCUGCAAAAGGCCGGUGUGGCUGCAAGUUGUCAUUCCAAACAAGCAGACGCUCAUAUGAUUCUAUACAAUGUUUAAUCUGGUGGGUUCCUGUGCUCCUGAUCUGCUAGAAUGUAACCCUGAAUAGACUGACUAAGAACACUGAAGUUGGAUUUUUGAAUAAUUCCUACAGAAAAGCUUUUGUCUGACCAGAGUCAUUUGGACUACUCCAACCUAGCCAGCGAUGUGUGGACUGCUAUUGUGAGGCCGGCCUUUUUUCCUUCACUUCAGACUACAGCCAAAAACUAUGUGCUGGAACACGGACAGCAGGAUAAAACUGCAGGCAGAGAAGCACACCAAAAAGAAACCCUUGCUGCUUGAGACUGCAAUAUGAGCUUAAAAAAAGCAAAAGCUAUCAGCAGCACCCUCGUAAUCCCUUAACAGGCCAGGAUUUUUGUUAAUUGUCUGACUGACAUUACGCCGCUAAAUCUUGAGGAUUUCUAUUCAAGCAUUACAUAAAAAGCUUUUAUGUUUGAUAAGGAACAUUA